AUGAGAUUCUCAAAUAUUUUAGCUGGUUCAUUAGCUUUAUUAACUGCCAGUGUUUCCGCUGUAGAUGUUGCAUGUUUGGUAGACGGUGUUGCAGUCGCUGUUGUUGAUUUAGAUACUGGUGUCUGUCCAUUCACAAUUCCAGCUUCAUUACCACAACCAAUUUUUGAAUUUACUUCAACUGAAGAUUACAAUGUAUUAUUUUAUUACUCAUUAGUUGAAUUAGUUAAAUAUUUUACUGAUAUUGUUGAAGCUGGUAAUGUUAUUAAUAUUCCAGCUAGACUUUUAUAUGGUACAAGCGGUGCUCCAUUAUAUCAAGUUGCUGCUCAACAAACCCCAGCUUCAAAUUCAACAGCUGGUAUUAGAAAAAGAUUAAUGAAAUCAACUCCAUUAGUUAAAAGAGAUGAAGCUGAUGAUUUUGCUGAAUCAUUAAAAGCUUUAGAAGGAACUUUCAUUGGCGCAAGUGCUUUUGAAGUUGUUGAUGUUAAUGCUACCUCAUCAACUGGUCCUAUUGCCACUGGUCCUAUUGCUACUAUUCACUCAACUACUGUUAUUACUGAAACUGUUUCAUGUUCAACUACUACUGGUACUUCAACUUUAGCUGGUGGAGAAACUUCAGUUUUCACUUCAUCAUCUCCAAUUUUAUCAACUCACACCGCUAUUAUCACUCAAGUUGUAACCAUAACAUCAUGUCAUGAAAACAAAUGUCACUUAACAACUGUUCCAGCUACUCCUUCAGUUGGUACUACUACCGUUCAUGGAGUUGAAACCGUUUACACAACUUAUUGUCCAUUAUCAUCAGUUGCCCCACCACCAUCAACCAAAGCCUUAACUACUACUGACGCUCAUGGUGCUCCAACUACCGUUCAAGCUACUGCUUCAUGGACCACUAAAACAGUUCAAGGUGUUGUCACUUCAUACAUUACUUAUUGUCCAUUAACUUCAACUACCCCAGGUCAUGCCGCCGGUGUUACUACCACUACCGCCACUGUUGGCCAUGGUGUUGCUACUACCGUUGCUAGUGCUGCUCAUUCUGGUGCUCCAUCAGCUGGUCAUUCAGUUAUUGCUUCAACUUCAGUUUACACUUCAGGUGCUUCAACUGUUACUACAGUUGUUUACAAAACUAUUCAAGCUUCAGCCGCUUCAGGUGCUGCUACUCACGCUGCUUCAGUUCCAGCUGCUGCUGCUUCACACGCCACUGGUGCUGCUUCACACGCCACUGGUGCUACAGUUGCCGCUGCUUCACACGCUUCUGGUGCUGCCGCUGCUUCACACGCUUCUGGUGCUGCCGUUGCUUCACACGCUUCUGGUGCUGCCGUUGCUUCACACGCUUCUGGUGCUCCAACUGUUGCUGCUCAAUCAUCAGGUGCUCACUCAUCAGCUAUUAUUUUAACUUAUGCUGGUGCCGCUUCAUCAAACGGUGCUACUUACUUAGCUUUAGCUUUAGUUCCAUUAGCUUAUUUCAUUUAA